GGAAAAAACGAAAAGACGAAAGAAACGCAACGUUGACCAAAACAAACGUGCGACCGAAUACUUUCCCUAAAAAUUGUACCAAAAAUUUACCACUUUUCGUCGCGAGGACCACUCGUGCGCUUCGUUAAUAAAAGAAAUUCGGUUUCAAUUGCUGUAAACUAACCCAAAACUAGCUAAGUGCUUCCGCGAAUCAAUCUCCACCGGAAGUCACCAUGCCGUUCAUGAAAGGCAAAGCGCCGGUUCGCCGGUCCAUUCAGUAUCUGAGUUCCGGACGGUUGGCGCUGAAGGAAAAGAUUAAAAUUUUCAGCGUUAACUACAACACCUAUGGGGACCAUCACGAGGGCGCUCGGGAUUUCGUGUUUUGGAACAUACCACAGAUUCAGUACAAAAAUCCAGCAGUCCAGGUGAUUACGUUUAAAAACAUGACCCCCUCGCCGUUUAUUCGAUGCUAUUAUGAGGACGGUAAACAGAUUCUGGUUGAUAUCGACAGCAAAAACCGGGACGAAAUUAUGAACCAUUUAAUCAAAGUCGUAGGCAAAUCUCUUGAAACCCUCAAAGCGGAAGCCAAAAUGGCCGAAAAACAGGACAACCCGGCAAACUUUGGCGUAGGCUGUACGAAACACUGCAUUUGCGAGGUCCCCGGCCAACUUCCCUGUCCGGGCGUGGUUCCGGUACCGAAACACAUGCGCGGAAAGUAUCGCUACCAGCAGCAGCAUCAGUAGUACAACUAAAGUCGUUUAAGGCUUUCGAAGCGUUCUGUACAUUGUUCCCCGAAAGAAGUUUCGUUGUGCUUUAGAUGGUACAAUAUUCUAAUUUGUCACAAUAUUAUCAAACCUAGAUGUAGUUGGUAUUAAAAAGCGAGCAUUGACUGCCUAAUAACUUA